GCUGAGGGCCAAAUUUUUUUUUUUUUGUAGUCCACCUCACGAAUCUACUUUUGCUUGUGCUUAAAAAAUCGUAAAAACACCACUGAUUAUGAAUAUGAAAUUCGCCAAGCCGAAAAACUGCACAUGAAAAAGAUAUUAAUUAAUUAAGUUGGGAAAAAUCGGAAACUAAUAAAGCCAUGAUUAUUUUGAUUAUCCAAUCACGGCGCCUCUUUCAUGAGCUAUCGCGAUGCGUUGACCAAUGAGGAGGCGCGUUUCACGGUGAAGCACCACAACAACAAUGGCGUCUUCAUCAGACAUGGCGGACACAUCGGAAGGAGAGGAAAGUGGCGAUGAAGGUUCUAUUUAUUGUUGUAUGCAUACUUGUGAUAAAAAAUCUAAGCUAGUGAAGUUGACAGACAAAAGCUACGCUAAAUUUAGGGACUGCAGCCUGCGAUGGCGUGAAUUAAACUGUCCCAAAAGUUUAAUUGCUGCCACGUUUUUGGAGAACGACCACGACGACCGUGAUGAUGAUGAUCGCAACCCUCCUCCAUCCGGUUCCGGUGAUACUUCACGCGGUUCAACGCGAGGACGACCUAGAGGAGGAAGAGUAAGAAGGCGAAGUGGUCAGCCGGGCUAUCACUUGGAAUGUUACCGCCACUAUUGUAACACAACAAAGAUUAAGCGGGCAGAGGAAAGACAGAAAAAGAAUCAGCUGGAGGAAAUUAAAGAAGAAAGUGAACUUGGUGAGAAUCAAGACAGCCAAGAUCAUCUACCAACAAAGCGGUUGCUGCGAUCAGGGUCAGAGCAAACACAGGUCAUUCCAACUCCAGGCCGGUCACAUGUUCUCCCAAUACAGUGCAUCAUUUGCCGAGAGACAAAAUACACCAGGGAAAAAGCUUCGCAGAAGAGAAAGAGAGAGCGAUUGGUUCAAUGCGAGACAAAUCAGGGAGGGCAGUUAGUCAAAGCUGCCAAAAUUCGACAAGAUGAACAGCUGUUGUUGCAAAUCCAAGACCGGGAUCUUGUAGCCAUUGAAGCCCGGUAUCAUAAAAGCUGUUAUCUUAAAUACACAAAGAUUGUUCGUCUAAACAGUUCAAAUGAUCAAAGUGAAACUCCACAAAAAGAUUUUGAAAUUUCAUUCCAAAAGUUCAGUCAAGCUGUAUUGAAAGAAAAAAUCAUCGAAGGUAAAGAAAUCUGGCGUCUCACAAAACUAACCAAGGCAUUUGUUAAGAUUGUUAAAGAAGUUGAGGGAAUAGAUGCAGAAGGAUAUAAAACUCAUAACUUGAAGAAUAGGAUCAAAAAGGCACACCCUAUUAUUUGUUUUUCUAGACCCUCACGUUUCUUUGAAAGUGAUAUUGUAUUUGCAGGUAGUUUAGAUGUUAUGGAUGUUGUUGAGGAAGCAGUUCAUGAGUCUUCCACCAGUGAGAGUGAGAGUACAAGUAGUGGAGAUUUCACACCUGAGAAGACAGCUAACUAUCCUGGGGAGAUUAGAGAGCUUUAUUUGGCAGCACAGAAUCUCAAAAAUUUGAUGGAGAACUCAACGACUACUGGUCCCUGGCCUCCAACUGCAGCUGAUCUGACUAUUGAUAAAAUCCACGAGAUUGUCCCCUAUCAACUCUUCAACUUUUUAGCAUGGAGCACCGGCUGCAGCAGUGUCCCAAUAAGUUCAGGUAGGAUUGCAGUAGCAGAAGAAGAUGAGCUUCGAGUGUUGUCUAUCGCUCAAGAUAUAAUGUAUCUUAAGGCAAAGGGAAGGACUCUGAUGCCAAAACAUACCGCCCUUGCCAUGGCAGUGAGGCAUUUUACCGGGUCUGCUAAGUUGAUCGGUCUUCUUAAUGGUUUAGGUCAUUGUGUUUCAAAUUCAGUUGUGCUGGGCCAUGACACUGCACUUGCUAAACGGCAGCUUGCCAUGAGUGAUGUUCUACUCCCACCAGGGACGCAGCCAAUUUUCAGCACUCUAGUGUGGGACAACAACGACUUCGAUGAAGAAACUAUUUCGGGCAAGGGUACUACCCAUAACACAAAUGGAAUCAUCAUCCAACGCCCAACAUCAUCCUCAGUUAAUCAAUCACCUGCAGAAAAGUAUGUCCCUAAAUCCAAUGCAAGGUCAUUUCAACCACUCCCAACUGAGAUCAAGCCAUAUCUUGGAUUAAAGAAGAAGGGACCUCGGCCAUUUGGGAAGGAUGUUCUUCUAGGAGAAGAGAAUCAUUUACAAGCCCAAGAGAAUCCUCGAAAAUUGGAUCUAGCUUAUGUUUUAAUGAAGCUGGCAGGAGUAUCAGAAGAGUUUUUUGCAGGAUGGACAGGAUUCAACACGACUCUUAAUUGUUCCAACGUUCCAUGGAUGUCAAAGGUAGGAUACCUUCCCAUUAUUGAUGCUAGCCCGACUGAGUAUGAUACCGUUUUCACCAUUUUGGAUAGAAGUGUUGAAAUAGCAAGUAGUCUUGACCAGGAGAAAAUAGUUGUUGUUUUUGAUCAAGCUAUUUAUGCUAAAGCACAGCAGAUAAGAUGGAGGAAUGAUGAAUUUAUGAAUAAAGUUGUUAUUCGACUUGGAGCGUUCCACACUGCCAUGUCAUUGUUGGCAUGUAUUGGAAAGAGAUUUCGAGACGCGGGCUUAGAGGAUAUAAUGAUUGAGUCUGGUAUUGUCGCUCAAGGUUCCAUCAAUGGUGUGAUGAAUGGACACCACUACAACCGCAGCAUGAGAUCUCAUAAAUGUGUGAUGGAGGCAUUGCAACGGCUGCGAUGGCAGGUGUUCUUAAACACUCUUCCUGAUGAAGAGAAAGAUUCAGUACUUGGGGUACUGGUAAUACUUCAGAGUUCAUUUCCAAGUGCAGCAUUCCAGGAGCACGUUCAGUCUGAACGAUUUGCAGAUGUACUUAAGUCUUACAGUCAGUUCAUAUCUACUCAUUCCAAUGAUCCAACAUUUGCUGUUUGGUCAUCAUACAUUGAGAUGGUAGAACUUCUUCUUCUUUUUGUAAGAGCCACUCGAGAGGGUAACUGGGAUCUUCAUCUUUCAAGCAUUCGAAGUUUGUUGCCGUGGUUCUUUGCAUAUGAUCGCACAAAUUACUCAAGGUACCUGCCUGCUUAUUGGCUCGAGAUGUGUGAGCUACCGGUUCGUCAUCCAUUAGUUCAUGAUGCAUUCAUGAUUGGCGAGUUUGCAGUUCAACGACAGCAAGAACAUGGUUUUUCUCAAGUGGCUUGUGACCAGGCAAUCGAACAAACCUGCAAUCGGGACACCAAGACGAAGGGGGGAAUGAUAGGUUUUACAACGCGUAAGGGUGCAGUUCAAAGAUGGAUACUAUCACAGCAUGAGCGAUCUGCAAUUUCAAAGCGGUGUGAGGAGAUGGCAGGGCAAGGUGAGAAAACCAGAAGAAGAAAAGAUCUUGACAAAACACGGAUAAAGAAGGAUGAAGAAGAUGUGCGUUCUGUAAUCAGUUGUAUUGAAGCAAGGAUAAAUCCCUUUGAAGAGUCUAAUGAGCGUUUGCUCCAUAUUUCGUCAGGCGUGGUAGCUUCCAAAGAGGUCAAUAAGGACUACCUUGAAGCAAGAGAAAGAGGAGAUGCUUCUUUUGUUGUCUUUUGCAAAGACAGGUUGCAUGUAAGUGAUGUUGAUAUGUUUGCUACCCUCAAGAAACAAAAGCUAAAAACAUUCAGUUCCAUGAACAAAAUGACAACUUCAAAAGUGAAGGGGAAGGAAGUAACACUUAAGGCAGACAGAACGCUUUUUCAGCGGCUUCUCAUUAUUGCCAGCGUAAGGAAAUUAGACAUCCCCAAAAUGUUAACAUACAACCUCGGACCAUUGCCUUUAUCACUUGCAACUUUCAAUGGGUGUCUUAAUAAGACAACAAAGGCCAGUCUUAUGCAUUAUAUUGAAUCUAUUGUCGACCCCUCCCCAGUCAUGGAUAGUGUCCCAAAGGGUAGUGUUUGGCUAGUGGAUGGAAUGGCUAUGCUUCAAGAACUUCCACAGAGAAGUAUUCCAAGUACAUUUGGUUUGCUGGCAGAUCAUCUCCUGAGACAACUUGUAAAUUUGGCCAGAGGUGUGCACAGUGAUGCUGUUCACUUUGUGGUUGACAUGUAUCCCAAAAUCAGCAUCAAGAAUGCAGAGAGAGGAAAACGAGCUGCAAGUGGAAGUCAGGUCACCAAAAUCUAUGGCGAAGACCAGAAAGUUCCUCAUCAGUGGAAGAAAUUCCUUUCAUGUAGUGAUAACAAAGUGGCGCUUCAGAAUUUCUUGUUUGAAGCAUGGAGUAAACGACCUGCGAAAUCGCUGCAUAAAGUCACAGUUUUCGCUGCUCAUGGUUGUCAUUGCCAUUCACUGAAAGAUGUGGCGGGUGAAAUGGUGGUUGAAAAUAUUGCAGAUUUGGAGUGCAACCAUGAGGAGGCUGAUACUCGACUCUUUCUUCAUGCAAAGCAUGCAGCUUUGUAUCAAACAUCCUCCAACACAACAACAGCUCAUGUUAUAGUCAAGAGUCCUGACACAGACGUAUUUGUCAUAGGUGUUUGUAAAGCCAACAGAAUUGGAACGACUUUGCUUCUUCAUACAGGACGAGGAAACAACAAACGAGUCCUUAACCUUACCAAUGUGCACAAUUAUCUUGGAGCAGAAGUUAGUGAUGCCUUGAUUGGACUUCACUGCUUUACAGGGUGUGAUUCGGUUAGUGCAUUUUACGGGAAGGGAAAGAGUAAGGCGAUAAAAUUGAUGAUGGGCGAUAGUGAUGUUCAGAAAGUUUUCAAGCAGAUUGGUUCGUCUUUCGAAGUUAGUGAAGAAGUCAUCAAAGCCAUUGAGAGAUUUGUUUGCAAAUUAUAUGAUCAAGACUGUUCCUUGGUUAAUAUGGCAAGAUACAACAUGUUUUUGAUGGUUACAAAAACAGAGGCUGCCAUGCCACCUACAAGUGAUUCACUGCAGCAACAUAUUUUCAGAGCAAACUAUCAGGCUGCUAUCCACACUAGGUGUUUUGAACAAGUUCAGGACAUCCCUAGUCCACAUGGUCAUGGCUGGAAGAUUGUCAAUGACAUGGAUCUUGAUAUAUUAUGGGGAGAUCUCCCACCAGCUCCAGAUAGUGUUCUUGAACUGUCCAAUUGUAGGUGUAAAAAAACCAAAUGUAAGGCACCACUAGCCAGCCUCAAGGGCAAGUGUUCUUGUCGUCAAAACAAUGUUCCAUGCACAGAUUUAUGCACUUGUAUAGGUUGUGAAAAUUCUCUUUCAACUGAAAACUCAGAUGAUGAGGAGAUUGACUCCGAUGAAGAUUGUUGAUGUUUACUAAGUGUAACUACUGGUACCUUAACUGUGAUCCUUUGUAUGACCAUUUCUUGUUGAAUUACUUAUUUGUGCUGCACAAUUGAUAUGUACAUAACUUUCUUGGAUAAUUGUUGUGAGAACUAUACUGACGAACUAUUAAUUACAUGAAAAUGUAUACUAAAUAUAAUAAUAGUUUAAUCUGCAAAAUCAAACAGGCUUUUGAAUUUUAGAAGAAAAAAAAUUCCUUUGGAUAACGAAUACAUUUUCAAAAGCCAUUGUAUAUUGAAAGUCAUUUCAUCAUUUAUUUGUACAGUUUUUCAAUAACUAACCCUUUAUGACUACGAUUCUGCCUGUUAAAAUAAAUUAAAAUUAAGGUUUAUGCAUUUUCCUACAAAAGGGAGUGGAAAUAUCUGAAAUGCCAAACUCUUAUGUUUUAGUUAACAGAUCACACUGAGGAAAGAAAGAAACCGACCAUUGACAUCUGUUGCUUUAUCUCAACGAUUUAUUUAUGUAUUUUUGUUGUUGAAUGAAAUGGAAUUUUGUAUUUUACUUACUUUGCUGUGAAACGACAUAUUGAAGUUGAUAAGAUAUUUCAUAUGAUUAUUGAACACACUAUUGAACAAGUACAGGGCCCAAUUUCAUAGAGCUGCAUAAGAAGAAAAUAUUGCUUAACAGUUUCCUGCUUAGAAAAUGAGAAGGAUACAGCCACAAAUUGUACAUGUAACAUGGUAUUUUAGCUGGUAACCUUACCCUGGUUAGCAUUCUUCGUUUUAUGCUUAGCUAUUUCAGCUCUGUGAAAUUGGGUCCUGGUUACAACAAAAAUAUACAUUUGUUUAUAUUGAUAGUUUUAUUGUUAACGGUAAAGAAUUUUGUUUUCAAGUUACUCUGCUGUUGUGAAAAAAUAAAAUGGAAAAUUAAUAUAUAUCAGAGAGAAGAAUUGUAAGUUUGAGUUACUAUUGUCAUUUUGUUUCCACAAAAAACAACCCUUAUUUAAAUGGUUUAAAACAAUUAAAUUACUUGCAUUUGCAAUUGGAAAAUUUAACAGGCAAAAUUAUUAAGUUAAAAAUUCAUUUCAGUCAAAAAGAACUGUUAAAAACAAAACUUUUAUAAGAUUUAAUGGGCUGGAAAGUCCAAGAAUCCACUUUAUGGAAUUAAUAUGGCAAAAAGUUCCUUGUGUGUGUGGGUGUCUUUUUCUAGAAGAGCUAGGUUCAGAUCAAAAUGUGUGCACAAACAUAUGGGGCGCUGUGAUCCAUAGCUCCCCAUUGCUUUAUGCACAGUUCUCUCAUUUUGGCCAAUAGAGGGCGCUAUUUUCUAGACAAUUUUUUUAAUUAGGCAUAAUUAAUUAGUGUGCAGUUUUUUCCACUGGCGAAUUUUGGAUUCUUAUUUAGGACCAUCAGAAGUAACUCUGUGCAAAAAAUCAGGUAGAUUCCAAGGGUGGACUACAGAAUUAAAAAAAUAGA